CCACACCUAGAAAAACAACUUACCUUAUAUAUGAUUAAUUAUAUAGUAAUUAUUAAUUAAUAAUAAAAAUUAUUAUUUUUUAACAAAAUUAUUAAUUAAUAAUCAAUGCUACACAGAAAAAAUUCAUACUCAAAUAAAAACCACAAUUCAGUAACGUUUCAAGAAGGAGCCUAGUGAAAUAGUUUCAAUUUCAUUCAUCAUUUUUUUUUCAUAAAGUUUCAAUUUCACUCUCUUGAAUGCGUUUGUAGAGAAACAAAUACUGUGUUUUUCUGUUUGUUAUUUUUGUUAACUGUUUUCAGUUAUGGCUGAAUCUUCAACUUGUCUUGUUCGUUCUUUCUCAACUCCUACAGAAACUAGUUGCGUAACACACGAGGGUAACCCUCUUCGUGCUCUUAGUGAAUCGAUAUCUUUUGGGAGGUAUAUGUCAGAAAGCUUGGAUUGGGAGAAAUGGUCAGCAUUCACAUGUAAUCGCUAUGUUGAGGAAGCUGAAAGAUAUUCCAAACCAGGUUCUGUUGCAGCCAAAAGAGCCUACUUCGAGGCUCAUUACAAGAGAAAAGCUUCCCAGAAAGCAGCUGCAUUGGUUGAAGAAGCAAAUGUUCAAGCUAAUCGAAAUUUUGAUUCGGAAAUUUUGGAACGAAACGGUACUGACUCAUCCGCUCAGAUUAAGUCAGAAUCUGACAACAUUGAGAUUGCCAAUGAAGAGAGAAAUAAAGAUAACCAUGUUGUUGAUUGUGGUGAUGAUACAAACCAAUGUAAAUUCGGUGAUGUACAAGAUGAUUUUGAGAUGAAGUCAGAAGCCGACAACAUUGAGAUAAUCAAUGAAGAGAUGAAUAAAGAUACUGUUGAUAACCAAGUUAUUGAUUCUGAUGAUCGAUGUAAAUGCGAUGUUGGAGAAAAUGAUUUGGAGAUAAAGUCAGAAGCUGAAAACACUGAGGUAAUCAAUGAAGAGAUGAAUAAAGAUACUGCUGAUUACCAAGUUGUUGAUUGUGAUGAUACAAACCAAUGUAAAUGUGACGACAAAGAAAAUGAUUUAGACAUUUCCGAGGUGGAAGGAGCAGAGAAAGUCCUACAUCCUUGCAAUGCUAUGAAUCUUGAUGUAGAAAGUUGCACGUUUGUUGAUAAUUCUAAUAAGCUUGAUCAUGUUGAAGUCCAUGAGAAUAUUGCCAUCCCCAUUGAAGAGAAUGUGCCUGAUCCUGGCAUUACUGGUCAGGAAGUUUUGGCUUUGCCAGUCAAGGGAAGAGAAGAAAAUUCUUCUCCAAAAUCAUUGGCCGAAACUAGGGUUAACAAACUGCCUCAUUCCUGUGAUGUAAGGAAGGCUUCUGCCGCCCUACCACCCAGAAUCAGAAUAAACAGCAGUUUGAAACGCGAGAAUGCUAUUGGAGAUGCAGUUGAGAAGAAGAGACUAACUUUGCGGUCACUCCGCACGUCGAUCAAUCUUCCUUCUAGCACCGGUGAAACAAGCAAAAUAGCUGAUGCAGUUUUACGACCCAGAAAUGGCAUGAACAGAAUUUCAACAAGUAAGAACUCAGUUGGAAGCUUAGUUGAGAAGAAGAGACCGACUGCAUCAUCACUUCACAUGUCAAUCAAUGUUCCAUCUGGCACUGGUAUUGCAAGUAAAUUAGCUGCGGUAAUGCCUAAACCCAGAAAUGGAAUGAACAUUGUUCCAAAAAGUCCAAGUAAAACAACUAGUAAAACAACUGUAAGGUCACUCCACAUGUCUAUCAAUCUCUCUUCUAGUGCCGAUGAGACAAGUAAAGCAACUUCAGUGAUUGAACAUAACAGAUAUACAAAAAUUCAUUGUGAUCUGCCCAAAGUUCAUCCAGCGACAUCACCAAAAUCAACUAAGGCAUCUCAUGGUUUGUUAAAUCAAGCUCCAGCAACUCUUCCUUCUCAGGGCAAGAGGACUGAAAGGCCACUUAGCAAAUCUGUGUCUGGAGAUGUUACCGUUAAUGCGAACAGCUGCCUGAAAUCUUCAAGCACCGCCAAAAUAAUCCCCCGUCCCCCUACCAUAACAUCAGCUUUUAGAUUCAGAAGUGAAGAAAGAGCAAUAAAACGCAAAGAGUUGUUGCAGAUUAAAACUCAGCAGAUGAACAAGAACUUGCCGCAGAGCAGUGGCUCUAAAUCCAAACUAAAUGAUGAUGGGCCAAGCGGAUCACAAUCACCAAAAAAUCAGAUUAGAAAGAUAUCAGUUGCAUUGCCCCGGUCACCAAGACAAGUGAGGCAAGCAAGUUGUAGUUCUAGUACAACAAAAAGCGUGGGAAAUUCACGGAAGCCUCCAAUCAGCACCAAUAAUUCCAAACGUAUUGCAGAAAAAGAUAACAUAACAAGACAAUCAGGAACUUCAUUAUCAAAUACCACAUGGGAAAAUGCUUCUCCAAAUAUUCAGCGUUGAGAACAUGAAAUUGAUUACCCUGAGACUGUCUUUUGAAAAACAUGCUGGCGAAGAUAGUAUACCGAAAGUUAAUACUCUGCUUAUGAUUCGAUUCUAAGAGGAUCGUUUGGAGGUUUCAUGCAUGCCGUGAUAUGUUUUCACAGUUUGUAGGAAAUUUUUUAGACCUUUUUUUCUUUUCAUUUUUCUAGGUAUGUCUAGGCUUCAAUAAGUUUUGAACUAGGAACAUUAUAAAAAGAAAAGAAAAAGUUUUGAACUAGGAACAUUAUAAAAAAAAAAGUUUUGAACUAGGAACCUUUCAGUGUUAGAAAAUUAAAUCUGUAACUAAACUAGGUUUAGGCUAUAUACCUAAAGGCUAUAUAUACCUAAAGGUAACUAGGAAACAUGUAUAUGCUAUAAUGCUAUAUAUUUGGCAUUAAUUUGCAUGAAUGAAAUUACUAUGGUUUUUUGUUUUUGAAAAAAAAAAAUUACAUUUGCUAGUGAUUUCACCACUUUGCUACUAACCAAUUCAAAUCAUAAGCACUAAGGUACAUAAAUGUUUUCUGAGAAUGUGUUAAAAGCACCUUACCCUUAAAAUUUAAGGUCAUACAUUAGUUGUUGUGGUGGUGUAAACUUCUCUGUUCAUAUUACCCCUUUUAUUUUUAGAGCUGUGUCAAUUUUAU